AACCUAGGUGCAUGUGCUGCUCUGUUAGUGUGUGUAUCUCAGUAGAUGUUCUGAGCAUGGAAACAGCCCUGACCAGUCUUCUUACAAUUACUAGCUAAACUAUGAGGCAUGGCAGUGCAGUACGAUCUGUCCCAUUACUACCGGCAGACAGAGGGUGCACAGGACCUUUCCCCAACCCUGCAGUCAUCUGAACUCCUGACACCCCAACAGACUCCUCAACGAUGUACAGUGUCACCUGAAAGAUAUCAUGAAUAUCGUUCAUACACGCCUGUGGUAUCAAGACUCCCAUGGGGCAGAGAAAGAGAAUAUGGAGGGAUCGGAGCUGUGUCCCUCCCUUCUGAUCACCGGCCAAAGACAGAACCUCCUCCACUGGAAGCAAAGGGACACAAGCACUAUGGAUAUGGAGGAGAUCCCUGGCCAAGGGGCCUCCCAAUACAGCAGUACUAUGACCUGACAAAGCUGAAGAAAAGUGCAGUUCGUGAAAGUGAUGAUCUGUAUCCAAAACCUCCUGCUGCUUCUCUCAGUGAGAAACAAAUACAAGCUGAUUUCCCAGCAGAACAUCCAUACCAUUCCCACAUAUCUAAGUUUGCCGUGUUUCCAAGCUUCAGACCAGCAGAUGAACCUGUGCGCUGCAGUACUCCACUCCACCCACAGACACCAGCAUGUGGACAUCCUACAAUUGUCCUAAAGAAAACAAAAGGUAAUCCAUACAGGCAUGAGGUAAUUGCUAUUCCUUCAAAUUCACAAAAGAUGGCUUUGACCUGGCCAGGUCAGCAAGGUUACUAUCAUUUCCCAAAAUUCUAUCAUGAAAAUGACCAGAUCUACUACCCAAGUCCCCCAAAGACUGUGGCUCCUAACCCACUGUACAAGACAUAUGAAGAAACACCAUCUGAAAGGACAAUCAAUUUACAGAGGAAUUCAAUCAAAUCUCAGUGGUUAACAACGUACAACCACAGCUUCACAGACCGUGGUGAAAUGAACCCACUACAACUUGAUGAUUAUUAUGAGAAGGUAAUUGGCAACAUAACAGGAAAAACAGAUGAAAACACAGAAAUUAAGCCAGCAUUCUUAUCGACUGUCCUUCAAGCACGACCAAUAGAAGGACGCAUUGCACGCUCAAGAGAGGGUCGCCGGACUCUUGUGAAAGAGGAAGAACCUGAAAGUGAAACUGUAGAAUAUAAACCCAAUUUGAACACUGAGGUGGAGACACCUAGACAUAGAUCUUGUACCUCUGACACUGCUAGUAACACAACUAAGAAGGAAAACACAGAGGAGUAUUUAUCCUCAACUCAGGGACACAAGGAACCUGAUAUACGUAAAAUUACAGACACAGAAAAGACAGAUGCAUUGUACAGAAGACAGCUAACACCCUUACCAACCCAUUCAGAUUCAGAGUAUAAAACAGUCCAUGAAGAUUUAACAGGUGGACAGGAUCCAUAUAUUGCCUUUGAAAAGGCUUCUGAGCUUAGUAAACCAUUCCAGAAAAGGUGUUUUACUAGUCUAGAGGCUUGUUCUAUAAAACCACAAGAUAGUAUAUUAGGGCACUAUAUUCGCCAAAACACAUUAAGAGCACAAAGUGGCAUUCAUAAAGCUGGAAAGACUUUGCCGCAUGCAACUCUACUUGUGCUUCAAGAUUCCUUCUCAAAGUCUACCGCUCAAAAAACAUUCCACCAAAACUUUCCAGAAAAGACAAAAGAUCUAAGAGAAAAUUGCCAUUCUGGAAGGAAGCACAAGUUUUAUGGGUUUCAUUCCCACUAUUUCCAUAAUUAACAGUAUAAAUCACUGUAUAAACACUGCGAGAGAAAUAAAAGAAUCUGCUGAAAACAA